AUGGCGACCCUCUCCUCCAAUCGAUUCUUUGAUCUUAUCAAACCUGGAAUCACCACCAAUGCCCUAGCACACAUAGGGGGAUCAGACCAUCGAAUGAAACCACAUCUUUUACAGUUCCAAAAUUGCCUUCCAGGGUUACGAUCCGUCCAUGAAGUGAUCUUCGUUGCUUCAUUCCCACAUCUGCAAGUCACCAUCUUUGAAUCAGAAGCGAUUGAAUGUCGUAAAGGGUGCAACGGUCGAGCAACAGUGGAAAGGAGGAGAGAUGAUCGACUGAUGAAGCUAAAGGAUUUGCCCAAAAAUCGAACAUGCAAUUUCUUUUAA